GAUCAGCAGCUGAAGUAGCCACUUUCACCACCUCAACGACAAAAAUGUUCAAGUUGGUAGCAUUCCUUGCAGUUCUCGUUGUCGUAACGGCAGAUGAUUGCUGGUACGACUACCUGAAAAUGAAGCUGCCUGAAAACGAGCUGGUGGUCAUCCCCGACAAAACAGCCAUCGACGACUGCAAGAAAGUUUGCGUGGACACUGCAAUCUGCUACGUCAUUCAGAUCUCCGAGGGCAAGUGCUACAUGAACAAGAACCCCGAAGUCAACUGGGAGACGAUCAUGGAGGACCAGGAGGAUUCGAACAUCUACUCGUAUGCCUCAUGCAAUGAAGCGCCCGAAGAAGCACCUGAAUCUGAAUAAACAGAAAUUUCUUUCUGUUUAUUCGUUGUUUGAAUUAAUUAAAAUUUGUAAACAUUAAAAAAUUUUAAUUUAACGACUCAUUAAUUCACAUAAAUAUGUUAAUAAACAAGUAAACGAAUAAAUCUCGCAAUCGAA